GUCUUUCAUUAGUUAGUUACCCGUCAUCCCCGGCCCUCACCAUGAGGCAAACAUACAUUUGAGCAUUGCCAUCUCUCCAGCGAGACUCUCGGAGAUAUGCAGCCAUUCUCGCUUUCUCCAGCAUGCAUAGACCUGCAGAGCACGAUCAAAGAGCUGUCCGAGAUAGUCGAGGCUUCUCCCAGACGCGUGGAUCUGGACCCAGACCAUCUGGCCGAGGAACUGUCCUCACUUGCCGAAACAGUCGAGGCGCUUCAUGCUAUCGACAAAACUUGGCUUGACACGCAAGCACCCGCUCCCGAAACGCUCGUACGAAUUAUUUCGGGGAUCGUCCACAACUGUGACAUCACACUCCUCGACGUCCAGGCCAUACUCGAGAGACACAAAGUGCCGCCGCUCCCCUCUGCCGUGUCCCGGAAGCAACCAGGCCGGACCGACCUUGUUCGGUUACUAAACAACCUCUCUGACCACAAGUCGGCACUUCGACUGGGCCUUCGUUUGCUAGAAACGUGAGUUGCCUAACAUGUGCUCUGAGACGUGUGGCUUGUUCGUGGACCGAGUCCCGCCUAACUAUGAGUCUUUCUUAGAUUCGAGGGGACGAAAGCUCACAGCGGGACAACCUUGUCUAGUACCAAUAACAGUGCCUUGUCGGCCGUUCGUCAAGAACUAUACGAUCUAGGAACAUCUGUGCAAGA